AAUUUACAAGUAAACCACAGCCAAGAUGUCUCUUAUUACACUUUCAUCCUCCAUUACAUUUACAAUUACAAACCACUCCCGACACACACGAACCCAAUCCCUGACCGUACGAUGUACCGAUGAUAAUCAAUACAAUAUCCAAACUAGCCCCGCCGCCGGACAAGUGGACAGAAGACAUUUGCUUAUGGGAAUCGGAGGCCUGUACGGCGCCGCCGCCGCCCCCGCCUCCGCCACUCCGAUCACAGCCCCGGAUUUCUCCAAAUGCGGCGUCGCCACUAACCUCAACACUAGCCAGCCCCUCAAAGACAACUGCUGCCCGCCAUUAUCCUCCGAAAUCAUCGACUACAAGCUCCCCACCGCCGGCGGACUGCGCCUCCGCCCCGCCGCCCAUUUAGCCGGAAAAGAGUACUGGGCCAAGUACGCCAAAGCCGUCGAACUCAUGAAAGCCCUCCCCGCCGACGACCCCCGGAAUUUUAUGCAACAGGCCAACGUCCACUGCGCUUACUGCAACCUCACCUACCCUCAGACCCCCGCCGCCGGCGACUCCGAUUUGAAGCUCCAAAUUCACAACUGCUGGCAUUUCUUUCCAUGGCACAGAUGGUAUUUGUAUUUCUACGAAAGGAUUUUAAGCAAAUUGAUCGACGAUCCCAGCUUCGCCUUGCCGUUCUGGAACUGGGACAAUCCCGACGGCGUCGUUUUGCCGGAGGCUUUUGUGGAGAAGAACUCUCCUUUAUACAAUCCGCGCCGGAAUCCGGAGCACCUGCCGCCGGCGAUGGCGGACCUGGCGUACUCCUCAAGUAAGCCGACGAAUCCGAAAAAAGUGAUUAAAAACAACCUGAGCGUGAUGCACAGAGAGAUGGUCCGGCGGGUGUGGCGGCUGCAGGAUUUCUACGGCGCGAAAUAUGUCGCCGGAAGUUCUCCCGAUCCAGGCCCCGGCGCGGUGGAGCGUGGCUCCCACAUCGCGCUGCACGUCUGGGUCGGGGAGAACACCACCGGCGGCGAGGAUAUGGGCAAUUUCUACUCGACGGCGCGUGAUUCUGUCUUCUUCAGCCACCACGCGAACGUCGAUCGUCUCUGGACGGUGUGGCGCGGCCUGAGAGGAACGAAGAAGAAGGAAUUCACCGAUUCCGAUUGGCUCGACGCCGAGUUCCAAUUCUACGACGAACACGCGCGGCUCGUGCGCGUGCGCGUCGCCGACGCGCUGGAAAACGAGAGGAUGGGAUACGCGUACCAGGAGGUGGACCUUCCAUGGCUCAAGAACCGCCUCUUGGCGCGGAAGAAGAAGUCCAAAGCGGCGGCGGGGGCAGCGUACCGCGCGGGGGAGAAGGUUUUUCCGGCGAAGCUGGAUAAGGUAGUGAGAGCGGUGGUGAAGCGGCCGAAGAAAUCGCGGGAGAAGGAGGAGGAAGAGGAGGAACUGCUGGUGAUCGAAGGGAUUGAAGCGGACACAGGGAGAUUUGUGAAGUUCGAUGUUUUUGUGAACGACGAGGAGGAGGCGGCGGGGGAUUUGGACAAGGCGGAGUACGCGGGGUGUUAUUCGCAUGUUCCGCAUAGGAAUUCGGGGAGGAUUAAGACGAUGAUCAGACUGGGGCUGAGUGAGCUGCUGGAGGAUUUGGAGGCGGAGGAAGACGACAAGAUCUUGGUGUCGUUGGUGCCCAGAGACGGCGGAGAAGAUAUCACCAUUGGCGGUGUCAAAAUUGUCUAUGAUUAAUUACAAUCUUGGAUAUUUAUUUUGUGGUGUACGAUGUAGGAUGUCUGUCUGAACCCUUUGAUUCCAUAGUUAUUGUGUCUGUUUUCCUUCUGUAUCUGUUCAGUUCGCAGUAUUUCAAAUAAACAUGCAUGAUUGAAAUUA